GGAAGAAAGAACGACUCUUUCUGGAGAGACCUCGACUUUGAGUGACUCUGCUGCACGUUCUCCUCGCCGACAGCUUUGUCGAUUCUCCUGUUUCGUCCUUCUUUUCGAUCCCUUUCACAGUAUCUUCUUUUUCCUCUCGCCUCUGGGCGGCCGCCUCGGUCUUCGCUUUUUAUCUCGCGACCUCUGUUCUCUCGUCCUCCAUCGUCUCCCGUCCUCUCUACUGCGGGAGAUCAAAGACAUGAGUCGACGCAGAAAGAGCAACCACGGAGAAGGGAGACUUCGUCAACUCUCCCGGUCGCUGUCUGACUUUUUCCAAGCAAACGGAAUGUGUUUCUCUUCCUCUGUCUUUUACUCGGCCUUGUGCGUUGUGGGUCACAGAGGACCAAACCGCAGUAUGGCAGGCGAUAAAGAUCUGGUUGUUCUCCAAAGAUACGUAUAGAUAGAUCUAUAUGCAUGUUUACACAAUAUUUAUGUCUAUAUAUCUAUAUAUAUGUGUGUGUCUGUAGACAAACAUGUGCAACCGAGACGUAGGAUUGUUUUUCAGUAUGUCAGGAGGUCCUGCGGCUCAGCUUGGUUUCUUCUGAACCUGUAGGGGGGAUCUCUCUCCUCGCCUCCUGUCCUUGAGUGCUCCAUCUCUCCUGUUCUCUCUUGUCGCCUUUGUCAGUUCUCGCUUCUUUCUUGAAUCCACUUCUCCUCUGUCGCUCUCUGGUGCAUUUUCUGCUCCAAAGAAAGGUACCUGGCGUUCCCCUGCACAGCACUCUCCCUCUGACAUCGCGCGAUCUCCGCCUUGCUCCUCUCGCUCUGUUUUUCUUCUCCUACGUUGCGUCACGAGCGCCUCUGCCUUGAGAGGCCCGAGUGAGAGCACAGAGAGAUCUCGGCCAGCAGGACCGAUCUCUUUCCUUCCUGUUUCGUCCGGGGCGCUCCAGUUUUUUCGACGGCGCAGAGAUCCUGGAGAUCCUCUUUUCUGAAAAUGCCGCAGUUCGUUCCUGUUUACGACCCUGAGAGGCCCAGGGCAGAGCAGGACGAGGCCGAUCUUCAGAAGCAUCGCAGAUGGGAGAAUCCUCACGCGAUUCUUCGAACUCGGCGAGGCGACGACGACAGAAACGCCCGUCCGGCGAAACUCAAACCAGUGAAGAGCACGAUGGUCCGGAACUCGAAAGGCCUCUGGGUGCCUGCCGCUCAGGCAGCCGCCGAGGCGCAGCGCGAAGAGGCGCGACAGCGUGCGGCGCUGCAAAAAUGGGGGGGCGCUUUCCAGUCCGAGAACUCUGAGAAGGCCGAGAAACUCGAGAACUCUGAGAAGGCCGAGAAACUCGAGAACUCUGAGAAGGCCGAGAAACUCGAGAACUCUGAGAAGGCCGAGAAACUCGAGAACUCUGAGGAAGCUGCAAGGUGUGGAAGGCGUGAGGAAGACGAAAGAAUGGAGAGGCGACGCUCGAGAUCAAGAAGCGGGAGUCUGUGUCGCCGCCGGGAGGAGAACAGGCGCCGAGAAGAAAGAGGAACGGGUGGAAGCGGAAACGCUUCUGAGGAAGAAUAUGCGCGACGGCGCUACAGGCACCGACCCUCGAGAGACAGUAGAGAGUCUCCAGAGAGAAGACACCAUCGCGAUCGAAGACGCCACGAUAGCCGGCAUCGUUCGUCCAGUGUCUCCCGGAGCCCGUCUGGAGAGAGGCGACGCCGAGACGUGCGACGAGAGCGAGAAGGAAGAGAUCGAGAAAUAGAACGGGACUUUCGAGAUGCGAUGGCGACGGUCAGUGCGCCCUCAGGAGAAAUCGACAUGUUUGAUUACAUGAGCAAGAAGCAGCGAGCAAUGUUGAAGAUGCAGGGAGCGAAAAAUGGGAUCGGCCAAAGGGGACCAGGCAUCGCCCGUGGGGUGUCCGGCGUCCACAGCCACCACGGCAGAGCAGACCGUUUGGGGGGGUUCCAUGGAUCUCGGACUUGGAGGUGAAAGAAAAAAGACGAAUGCGGAGAAAAAGCAAAGAAUUCUCAAAACCUCUGCAAAACACCUGCAGAAACGCGGUGUGACGGACUGGCACGAGCUGCGGCGCAGUACCGUCGAGUUCACAUGUGUGACUGGCCUGCGGGUCUGCUUUUAAAAAAGGUUUCUAGGGCAAUCGUCAGUCAGACUUUGUCGAAUAUCUGCUCUCGAAAUCGUGUGUCGUGCUCCUCAGUCGUCCCCUCCCGCUUG